AUGAAAUUAAUCCACCUUAUCAAGGGUAAUAUUGAUGCACAAUCCAUUAUUCAAGAACACUUGAAAAAAAAUGAAAUUGAGCGUAGUGAAAACGCAAGCAUUAAUAAAAAUGGAUUAGAGGAAGUUAAUGUGUAUGACGAUGUUUCGUCUUCUUCGUCAUUAGAAGAUGAAACACCUUACAUUGACAUUGAAGUCGAGUUGACUCCAGAAGAGUUACAAAGAAGAAGCACAUGGCACUACAAGUUAAGGCUCUUGCUUUGGGACUCUUAUGAUAAGCACCCUAAAGAAAAGGCAUUUUUGUUUAAACUUGACUUUUUUCUUUUAUCUUCUUCUAUGUUGGGUUACUUUAUUAAGCAGUUGAAUGCAAGUAAUGUCACCACUGCAUACGUUAAUGGUAUGAGUGAAUAUUAUGAUAUGAAUAAGAAUCAGUUAAAUUACUUAACCACAUUGUGGACUGUUGGUUACAUUAUUGGUCAAAUUCCUUCUAACUUGAUUUUGCACAGAAUCUCUGCAAGAUACUACUUGGGUGGUUUGGAAAUUAUCUGGGCGAUCUUAACGGUACUCUUGAUCAAGUGUAAAAAUUUACAUUCGAUGUAUGCGCUUAGAUUUUUAUUGGGGUUGACGGAAGCUGGUUAUUUUCCUGGUUUGGAAUACUUGGUUGGAAGUUGGUACAGUAAAAGAGAACUUUCGAAGAGAUCUUCAUUCUUUGCCUGCGCAGGUGUAGCAGCGAGUCUUGUAUCUGGUCCUUUACAACAAAGAAUUUUACAGAACUUCCAGAACUCUACGUAUAAACCAUUCCAAUACUUGUUUAUUUUCGAUGCAGUGAUUUCUUUCCCCAUCGGUAUCUAUACUAUGCUCGUGGACCCAAACACACCUUCAACUACUAAUGCAUGGUACUGGACUAAAGAAGACAUUUUAAUUGCAUUGGAGAGACGUAGAAGGAUUGGAGCCCAGUUGAACACAAGAGAAAAGUAUACUAUCAAAAAGAUCAAGUCAGUCUUCACUACUUGGCACAUAUAUGUUUUCCCAUUUAUCUUUUUGGCCUACAACAAUUCUUGUGCUGCAAUCAGUCAGCCUACUUUCACAACUUGGAUGAAAUUAGAUUUGAAAGUCAGUUCAUACGUCUAUAACACUUAUCCAUCAAUCUUGUAUGGUCUCGGAAUUGCUCUCACCAUUUUCAUAUCCUACUAUGCCGAUUUCAUUGGAGGGGAAAAGAAUUACCAAUUCGUUGGUGCAUUUUUCAUCUGUUUAAUUAUUGGUUGUUCUUCUUUGGCAUACUGGGACUUACCAACUGGCUAUCAUUGGUUGUGUUAUUUCCUUGUAGGUAUACCAACUUCUUGGGGUCAACCUCAAAUCUUUUCUUGGGUAAAUCGUUUGUUGUUUGAAGACGAUAUGAAGAGAAAUUUUGUUGUUGUAUGUACCAACGUUUUGGCUUACGUCACUGCAGCUUUUGUCCCAAUAUUUGUAUGGAAUACAAAGGACCAGCCCGAGUACCACAUUGGGUUUACCUACACUGCAUGCUUGUCGUCAUUCGGUUUGGUGAUGACAGGGGUUGCUCAUUACUUGACUGAGAGAGAUAGGAAGAGAAAUUUAGCAAAAGAAGCUGAAGCCUCGCCAGAAGUCACACAAGAAUUUGAGCAAGUCGAAGAAAAGUUAUGA